AUGGUCGAUUCAAUUCACUCCUUUACUCUUCUCCGUCUACGACCAGUUGAAUAGUUAAAAAUUAGAUUAUUUUGCCUACAAAAUACCCAACUUCCAACAACAAUCUUCUUCAAUCUGAUCUAAAUCUUUCGAUUAUCUUUUCUCUUCCAUGAUCUAAUAUUUGGGUGAAAUUUUUGUCGAAGAUGAGUGAGGUUUUCGAAGGUUAUGAACGACAGUACUGCGAGCUCUCCGCCAAUCUCUCCCGGAAAUGCAGCUCUGCUUCUGUUAUUCAAGAUUUAGAACAGAAGAAACAGAAGUUUUCCGAGAUAAGUUCUGGGAUUGAUGAAGCUGAUGUCCUGAUUCGGAAAAUGGACCUGGAAGCCAGGAGUUUGCAACCAGGGGUUAAGGCAAUUCUACUUGCAAAAUUAAGGGAAUAUAAGGCUGAUCUGAAUAAAUUGAAGAAGGAAUUCAAGAGAAUUUCUUCACCCAAUGCUAAUCAGGCUGCUCAUGAUGAGUUGAUGGAAUCGGGAAUGGCUGAUGUGCACUCUGUUUCUGCCGAGCAAAGGGAUCGGUUGUCGAUGUCGGUGGAGAGACUAAAUCAGUCGAGUGACAGAAUUAAGGAGAGUAGAAGAACUGUUCUGGAAACAGAAGAGCUUGGUAUCUCUAUCCUUGAAGAUUUGCAUCAACAGCGACAGACUCUCCUGCAUGCCCAUAACAAGCUUUAUGACGUGGAUAGCGCCAUCGACAAGAGCAAGAAAGUCUUAACAACCAUGUCGCGAAGGAUUACCAAGAACAAAUGGAUCGCUAUCUCGGUAAUCGUAGCUCUCGUCCUUGCAAUCAUCUUAAUCCUUUAUUACAAGAUUUCACAUCGCUGAUGAAAUCUUUCGAACCAUUGUUCUGCAAUUUGUAUACCUUCGUCCAGGCAUUCGAGACUUCCGUCUUUAUGCAAUGUUUCGACACUGAACCUAUUAUUAUGUUAUGUAUAUAUACUCUACCUGUCUGUUUGUUUUAUGUAAAUGCAUCAACUGAAAGUCUUGGUCACU